GCUACUUGGGGGGAGCGAGCAGCCUGAAGGAGCAAAUAUAUAAUCCUGGAAUUUAUCUUGACCGUUAAAAUAGGAAACGAAGAGAACUUCUCUCAUCCCAUGUUCCUCGUGCAUUCUUCCACAGAGUGCUUGAGAUAUUAUGGAAACUGAACGAUGAGGAGUUUGCUGCUGGACGGCAGCUGACGGACUGAACCAUGGCUCAGUUUCCGACGCCCUUCGGAGGGGGGUCCGAUACAUGGAUAAUAUCUGUGGACGAGAGAGCCAAACAUGACCAGCAGUUCCACAGUUUGGCCCCCAAAUCUGCUGGCUUCAUCACGGGUGACCAGGCCAGGAAUUUCUUCCUCCAGUCAGGCUUACCUGCUCCCAUCCUUGCCCAGAUAUGGGCUCUGGCCGACAUGAACAACGAUGGGAAGAUGGACAUGCAUGAAUUUUCCAUCGCCAUGAAGCUGAUUAAACUGAAGCUGCAGGGUCACCCCCUCCCUCCUUCCCUGCCGCCCUCCAUGAAGCAGCAGCCCCUCUCCAUACCCCCACAGCCUCCCUUUGGGAUGCCCAGUAUGGGUAGCAUGCCAGUAGUGCCACCCAUGCCCUUGCCCCCUCUGCCAGCGGGUGUGCCAGGGAUGGGUGUGUCUCCUCCUCUGGUGUCAUCAGUAACCCCACCUGUACCAUCCCUGGCCAACGCUGCUGGACUCAACAAAACCUCUUCGUUCAACCGUUCCAGUAUCAAGCUACAGAAGGUCCAGUCUGUAGAGGCACCCAGUGUUCCGACAGCUCCUCCUACAGACUGGGCUGUGCCUCAGUCCUCUCGGCUCAAGUACCGGCAGCUCUUUAACAGCCACGACAAAAUGAUGUGUGGUUAUCUCACAGGUCCACAGGCCAGAACUAUUCUAAUGCAAUCCAGUCUACCGCAGGCCCAACUGGCCACCAUCUGGAACCUGUCAGAUAUAGACCAGGAUGGAAAGUUGACUGCUGAGGAGUUUAUUCUGGCCAUGCACUUGAUUGACAUGGCCAUGUAUGGUCUACCCCUCCCCCCUUUACUACCACCUGACCUCAUACCUCCAACAUUCAGAAGAAUGCGCUCUGGCAGUGGAGUGUCUGUGACCAGUAUGCACUCAACAGACCUACGGUCACAGGAAGAGCCCGAGGAUGAGGAGAAAGAGCUAGAUAAAAAACUUCCAGUCACAUUUGAAGAUAAGAAACGUGAGAACUUUGAGCGGGGAAACCUUGAGCUGGAGAAACGUCGGCAGGCACUGCUGGAACUGCAGAGGAAAGAGCAAGAGAGAUUGGCAGCACUAGAGAAAGAGGAGCAGGAGAGGAGAGAGAGAGAGCGACUGGAACAGGAGAGACGCAGACAACAGGAGCUGGACAAACAGCUGGAGAGACAGAGAGAGCUGGAGAGACAGAGGGAGGAGGAGAGACGCAAGGAGAUUGAGAGAAGAGAGGCUGCUAAGCGUGAACUGGAGCGUCAGCGUCAGUUAGAGUGGGAGAGAACACGGCGACAGGAGCUGCUCAUUCAGAGAAACAGAGAGCAGGAGAACAUCGUCCUGCUCAAAGCCCGCAAGAAAACCCUCGAGUUUGAACUGGAGGCUCUGAAUGAUAAGAAGUCUCAAUUGGAUGGUAAACUCCAGGACGUUAGUUUCCGACUUUCGGCCCAAAGACAAGAGAUCGAGAGCACCAAUAAGACUCGAGAGCUCCGCAUUGCUGAAAUCACCUGCCUGCAACAGCAGCUGCAGGAGUCUCAGCAGUGGUUGAGCAGGUUGAUUCCUGAUAAACAAUGUCUGAAUGACGAGCUGAAGCAGGUUCAGCAGAAUAGUCUGCACAGAGACACCUUGUCUAAUCUUCAGAGAGCCAUAGAUAUGAAGGAAUCAACCAAACAACAGUUGCGAGAACAGCUGGAUGCUGUGGAGAAGGAGACACGGUCCAAACUGCUUGAGAUAGACGCCUUCAACACACAGUUGAAGUCCUUGGGGCUAUUCUAUCAGACCCAUGCUACCAGAAUGGAGAACCUACAGUCGGAGCUACUAUUUGAAGACCAGAUGGGGCGACAGUCAGGGAGCUCUGUGGACGAGGUGCUGUUGGACUGUCUCGCAGCACUGCUGGCCUGUUUGAAGCACAUACACCUCUAUUUCCAGGAGCUGAGAGAAAUCCACAAUAAACAACAGAGGCAGAAACAAAAGGAACUGGAGGCUGACAUCACCCAGCCAUCACUUGACAGGAAGUACACAGAGCUACAAGAGUCCAGGUUGUCUGGAACAGAUGAGGGUGUGUCUCCGGCUUGGAAAGAUGAUGGUGUGCGUAAAGUUCCCACUCCUCCCGUGUCUAAGGCCUGGAUGAGCCGAGUGAGUGAAGAAGAGAACCACAGCAGAUCUGACAUACAGGAUAAUCUCUCUAAACUCUUCAUACAGCAUCCGGGCAAACUACUGGGCCAGUCCCCUUGGUCUAUGGCAGACAAGCUCCCGGUGUCUGGUUUUAACCAGGAGAAUGUAAAGGUGGUCUACUACAGAGCACUGUACCCCUUCGAGGCCCGCAGUCAUGAUGAGAUCACCAUCCUUCCUGGAGACAUAGUGAUGGUGGAUGAGUCUCAGACAGGUGAACCUGGAUGGUUAGGAGGAGAGAUUAAAGGGAAGACUGGCUGGUUCCCUGCCAAUUAUGCAGAGAAGAUCCCAGAAACGGAAGUUCCUCUUAGUCUGAGGGCCAGCGCUGCGUCUUGCUCCGCUCCUAAAUUAGUCUCUCGUUUGACGUCCUCUUCAACUACAGCUGCACCCAUUCAGCCGAUUUCCCCAGACCCUGCAUCAAUAGCCCCGACCUCUUCAGCCACAGCCCCUCCAGGCCCCGCUGCCUCGUCCUCAACGUCCAGUAACUGGGCAGAUUUCAACACCACAUGGCCGUCUAACUCUGCUGUGGAGAAGCAGGAUAGCGACGGCUGGGACAUGUGGCCGACUCAGCCCACUCAACCCUCACAGCCGUCCCUGUCCGUGCCCAGUGGAGGACAGAUGAGACAGCGCUCUGCAUUCACCCCUGCUGCACUCUCUGGCUCCUCACCCUCACCUGUACUCGGACAGGGCGAGAAGGUGGAGGGUCUGCAGGCGCAGGCUUUGUACCCAUGGCGGGCAAAGAAAGACAAUCACUUGAACUUCAACAAGAGUGAUGUGAUCACCGUACUGGAGCAGCAGGAUAUGUGGUGGUUCGGGGAGGUGCAGGGACAGAGAGGAUGGUUCCCCAAAUCGUACGUCAAACUCAUCUCUGGGCCCGUCCGGAAAUCUUUGAGUAUUGAGUCUGGGUCCUCAGACAGCCCUCCCAGUGUUAAGAGACCCAUUCCCUCUCCGAUCAAACCCACGGAUCUCGGAGAAGAGUAUAUGGCCAUGUAUACAUAUGAAAGCAGUGAGCAGGGUGACCUGAUCUUCCAGCAGGGGGAUGUCAUCACAGUCACAAAAAAAGAAGGAGAUUGGUGGACCGGCACAGUGAGUGGGAAGACUGGAGUCUUCCCCUCCAAUUAUGUCAAACCUAAGGAAUCUGAGGGUUUGGGAUCUGCUGGGAAAACGGGAAGUUUAGGGAAGAAACCAGAAAUUGCCCAGGUGAUUGCCCCUUACACAGCCACUGGGGCCGAGCAGCUCACCUUGGCACCUGGCCAGCUCAUUCUCAUUCGCAAGAAAAACCCUGGAGGCUGGUGGGAAGGAGAACUUCAGGCAAGAGGAAAGAAGCGUCAGAUUGGUUGGUUUCCAGCUAAUUAUGUGAAAUUACUGAGCCCCAGCACCAGUAAGACCACACCCACAGAGCCCAACCCACCCAAGCUGCCAACACCCAAUGCAGUGUGCCAGGUGAUUGGCAUGUAUGACUACACGGCUCAAAAUGAUGACGAACUACCUUUCGGGAAGGGCCAAAUCAUCAACGUGCUGAGCAGAGAGGAUCCUGAUUGGUGGAAAGGAGAGCUGAAUGGUUCUGUUGGCCUUUUCCCUUCAAAUUACGUCAAGCUGACCACUGACACGGACCCCAGCCAACAAUGGUGUGCCGACCUCCACCUCCUUGACAUGCUGACACCAAUGGAACGGAAGAGACAGGGUUACACACAUGAACUUAUCGUUACAGAGGAGAACUAUGUCAAUGACCUGCAGCUAGUCACUGAGAUCUUCCAGAAGCCUCUGUUGGAGUCAGAAUUGUUGACGGAGAAGGAGGUGGCCAUGAUCUUUGUCAACUGGAAAGAGCUGAUCAUGUGCAACAUUAAACUGCUCAAGGCACUGCGGGUAAGGAAGAAGAUGUCAGGUGAGCGGAUGCCGAUAAAGAUGAUUGGUGACAUCCUGACGGCUCAGCUUCCUCAUAUGCAGCCUUACAUCCGCUUCUGCAGUUGCCAGCUCAACGGCGCCACCCUCAUUCAGCAGAAAACAGACGAGGUGCCUGAAUUCAAAGAUUUUGUCAAGAGGUUGGCGAUGGACCCUCACUGUAAGGGAAUGCCCCUGUCCAGUUUCCUGCUUAAACCCAUGCAGAGAGUCACUCGAUACCCCCUCAUCAUCAAAAAUAUUCUAGAGAACACUCCGGAAAGCCACCCGGACCACAGUCACCUGCGGCUGGCUCUGGAGAAGGCAGAGGAGUUGUGCUCACAGGUCAAUGAAGGUGUGCGUGAGAAAGAGAACUCGGACCGGCUGGAGUGGAUCCAGGCACAUGUGCAGUGUGAGGGGCUGUCAGAGCAACUUGUUUUCAACUCGGUCACAAACUGCCUGGGCCCUCGGAAGUUCCUGCACAGUGGUAAACUCUACAAAGCCAAGAGCAACAAGGAGCUUUACGGCUUUACGUUCAAUGACUUUCUGCUCCUUACGCAGAUCAUCAAACCUCUAGGAUCUUCUGGAACAGACAAGGUCUUCAGUGCGAAAUCCCACCUGCAGUAUCGCAUGUACAAAACGCCCAUCUUUCUGAACGAGGUGCUGGUGAAGCUGCCCACUGAUCCUUCAGGAGAUGAGCCCAUAUUCCACAUAUCUCACAUCGACAGAGUCUACACCAUACGUGCUGAGAGCAUUAACGAAAGGACUGCAUGGGUGCAGAAGAUCAAAGCUGCUUCUGAGCUCUUUAUUGAAACGGAGAAGAAGAAGAGGGAGAAAGCCUACCUUGUGAGGUCUCAGAGGGCUACAGGUAUUGGACGGCUGAUGGUGAAUAUUGUUGAAGGCAUUGAGCUGAAGCCCUGCCGUUCAAAUGGUAAGAGUAACCCAUACUGUGAAGUGACGAUGGGCUCUCAGUGUCACGUCACUAAAACGCUGCAGGACACCCUGAAUCCUAAAUGGAACUCAAACUGCCAGUUCUUUAUCAAAGACCUGGAGCAGGACGUGCUGUGUGUCACUGUGUUUGAAAGGGAUCAGUUCUCCCCGGACGAUUUCUUGGGCAGAACGGAGAUUCGGCUAGCCGACAUUAAGAAGGACCAGGGCUCUAAAGGCCCAAUCACCAAACGUCUGCUUUUACAUGAAGUCCCUACGGGAGAGAUUGUGGUCCGACUGGACCUUCAGCUCUUUGAUGAACCCUGACCCAUGUUGUAUGACCUGACCUUAUGACCCCCAGUUUCCAUAUCCGAUACUCCUCCGUGGUGAAAUCUCACCAGCCUAACGUGACAAUCCCAACCACCCAGCAUCAUGAGUCGCAGAGUGUGAAUGUGCAUAUUGUGUGAGUUUGCAGACAGCUGCAACAGUCUUAAUCAGUUAUCCAGAUUGAAUAUUUAUGUUCUUGGUACCAUUUAAAGACUUGUCUAGUGUGUGAGUGUACUGUAAAUGAAGGAUGUACUGUAGUUGAAUGGUGGACAUCUCAGGAUCUGUAUGUCUUAAAGAGUCUAUACUUUCUCAUUAGAGAGCUACUGCUGAUAAAUAUAGUAAAAGCACUCCAGGAACAGGAGUUCCAUUUGCCUCAACAUUCUCAGAACUCUUUGUUCUAGAAUGCAGAUUCAUUCUAGGAUGAAGACACAUUCCAAGCGAUGUGCCAUUCCAGUGAAAGUCUUAGUCUCAUUGCAUUUUAUUUCAUAAUUUGAGUUGUUAACACUAAAACCUCAAACCUGGUUUUUCUGGCAAGCCUCUCUAGUGUCUCUAGAACAACUAAUUUAUUUGUUUAAUUUAUGUUUACUGAAAGAUAUUGGUGACAAAUGGCCAAAUGGUUUGUUUUUGUGGGUCAAUUAAGCAUGAGCAAAUUUAUUUGAAUGGGGAAAAAUAUCUAAGUUUUAGCUGAAUAUGUCCACAAACUCUCCACGACAAGAUUAUUUUAAUAUAUGCAAAAAUGUAUCGUGGGAGGAAAGUUGUUACCAUUGUUUGCUUGUUUUUUCAGCAUUUUAUUUUGUGGAGAAUGGGGCAGAAAUAUCAUAGCGAGUCUCAAGUGGUUUUUAAUGGCAUAGAGACUAGCAGAAGCCCUAAAUAUGUUAAAUAUCUCUGAAACGCUCCAAAAAAGCCAUAGUGAUAACCUCAAAUAUUUGGUUCCACCAUGAGUUUAUUGGUUUGAGCAAUAAUUCAGCCAAUUUGUUACUUUUUGUGUUCUUAGUUUUGUUUUGGUACAUACUGUAACAGAUUAAGCUAUUUAAUAUAUUGUGCUAUAUUUAAUUUGAUACUGCAUAACUAAUGAGUUCAUGUAUGUUUUUUUUUUUAUUCUUGUACUGUUGUUAGGCAUUCGUGAUAAAAACUGCAGUAAUGUCUUGGGAAAUCUCAAGAAUUCAUAUUUUGUUAAACUGUGUUCUUAUUUGCUUUUGUCUUGUUUGCAAAGUAUAGCAAGAUGUAAUAUAGUGUUACAGAUUUGCAAGGGUGCAGUACCUAGAAAUGGUAUUACAACAAUCUGUUUAAUCCUAAAUCAUAACUCAUAUCUGCUGCAAAUGUCUUCAGUUCUCCAAAUAUGCACAUCACAGAAAGAGCCCGCUGUUUUUACAUGGUAUGAUCAAAUGUGUAUAAUCUGUGUGGAUUUGUUAGUUUGCACCCUAUUUAUCGCACUACUGUGCCUGAGAAAUGUGCUGUUUCCUUUUAGACUGUAGGGGGGCUCUGUAUCAUUACAUUUUUGUUUAUUUUACUUGUCUAGAUGCAAUACACACAAUACAUUCCACUGCUGUGCAAGUGAGAUGCCAGUGUGAUCAAGGUGAACAGCUAUUUUGGGGCCAGCAAGUUAGUCCACCAUGUGUCUGAGUGUGUGUGUGUGUGUGUGUGUGUGUGUGUGUGUGUGUGUGUGUGUGUGUGUGUGUGUGUGUGUGUGUGUGUGUGUGUAAGAGAGAGAGAGUGAUUCUGAGUGCUGUUUUGCUGGGUCACUUUCCUAAACCCCCUCUUUCAAAGAAUAUUUUAGAUGAUGCAAGGGGUCAUGGUUACAUGUUUUUCCUAAAUCCCCUUUUCUCUUUCUCUCAUGACCUCCCCCACGUUGCCCCAUCUGAUGUCUCGCACACUGUACAUUUCCAACCAGAAGAUUUGCCCCCACCUUCAUUAUUUUUUAAUGAGCAAAGUCCCAUUGAUUCAGAUGUAAAAUGUGUCUAUGUUUAAAUCUUUGAAUGGAGUAUAAUAUAUUACAACUUGAGAAGUAAAUAUGUUGAUGACAGCAUAUUGUUAUCAAUGUAGAAGCAGUGUGUUGUCUUAAUGUUGCAAAUAAAUCUCACUUGGACC